GUGUGGUUGGCAUGACUACCGCGCUGGAACUGGCGCAGCGUGGCCACAGCGUGGAGAUCGUCGCCAGACACCUGCCUGGAGAUGUGGACAUCGAAUAUACCAGUCCUUUUGCCGGGGCUAACUGGGCCAGCUUUGCAGGCAAGAACGACAUUGAAAUGCAGGAGUGGGACCGCAUUGGCUACUUCAAAUUUAUGGAUCUGGCAGAGAACGCUCCGGGAUCCAGUGUGAUAAAGCGCACUUAUCAGGUUCUCAACUCCGGCCUGGAGCCGUGGUUCAAGGAUUUUGUGCAGGGAUACAGAGAGCUGCCAGCUGACGAGCUGCGCCACGACGCCACACACGGGUACGAAUUCACCACAGUGGCGAUUUCUGUGUCGAUCUACCUGCACUAUCUGCUCCAGAAGUUGCUGGGUCUUGGGGUCAAGAUCCACCGUGGCAACCUCAAGCAUAUCAAGGAUGCAGCCAAGUAUUUCUCGGACGGGACGCCAGACAUGACCGUGAACUGCACCGGACUGCUGGCCUGUCGACUGGGCGGGGUGGUCGACGACAAGGUGUUUCCAAUCAAGGGACAGGUCAUCCUGUCGCGGAACAGCUGUCCAACAAUGAUAUCCGUGAAAGGCUUUGAGCCCAAAGGCGAGUCUCUGUACAUUUUCCCGCGGAAGGAGGGUGGCACGAUCAUCGGAGGCUGUUUCCGGGUGAACGACUGGACUCCGGAUGUUGACGAGGGUCUGUUUGAGCGUACAGUAGCCAGAGCCAAGCAGUACUGCCCGGAGCUGUUUGAGGAAGGGGAGCUGGACGUGAUGAAGGUCCAGUGCGGGCUCAGACCGGGCCGCAAGGGCGGAGCCCGGAUUGAGAAGGAGUAUAUUGCCGGCGUGGGCAAGGUGGUGCACAACUACGGUGCAGCGGGCGCUGGCUACCAGAACUCGCACGGAAUGGCCAUGAAGACGGUGAUGCUUGUGGAGUCGUUCCUGCGCGACUCCAAACUGUAGCUGUCUGGUUCGUACUGUUAUAAU